ACACACACACUCCCUCCUCCUCUUUCUCCUCCUGCCAAACUCCCAGGCCAGGCAGCGUCGCCAUACGGAACAUCCUGCCCUCAACGGAGAGGGGGAGGAGAGAGAGAGAGAGAGCGAGAGAGAGAGAGAGAGAGAGAGAGGUCUACGGUCUCCUGGUAGUAAAUUAUCGGGUUUCGAGCACAAAAACUCAGAGACAGAGGAGGAAGAGUGGAGGCCUGGAGGAGACUCGGUGCUUCACGGGAGACCGGGACCGGCAGCGGCGGCAGCAGCUCGUAAAGCCUUGGAUUAAAAAAAGCCCUGACUGUAAGAAGGACGGAUGGUCGCGCAGACGAGCGGCGCGCUCUGAAGUUGGACAGACUACCGAGCGCACACACACUCACGCGCGCACACACGCAGCAGCGGUAGCAGCAGCAGCAGCAGCAGGACCGGGAGCAGCUUUUUUUUUUCUGUCCUCCCCUCCUCCCCAUCCACCUCCCCGAACCCCGUGAAGGCAGCGGCGGCCCCGCGAGGCUGCGCUCGUGCACCCCGACCAUGAAGCUGCCCUGGCUCCUGGCGCUCACGGCGCUGCUCGCUCACGCCGCCACGGGACAGACGUGGUCGCCAUCCCUUGAUGACGAAGGCUCGACGAGAGACGAGUUUUAUGAUGAUGAGGAUCUCUACUCGGGCUCCGGCUCUGGCUUUCCUGAGGUGAGCUUCAGGCCGACGUCGGCCGGCGUCUCCUUCACCACGGAGGAGCCCCUCCUCCUCUCCACCACCCAGGCCACUGGCCCCGCCCCCUCCGCCUCACCUGCGGCCGAGCCCAGCCCCGGGCCGGAGGACGCCACCGCCACGCCGCUGCCCACCGAGGCCGAUGGCGAGAGCGGUUUAUUCUGGGAGCGGGAGAGAGAGCGGGAGAAGGAAAGAGAGAGGCAGAGAGAGCGGGAGCUGGAGAGAGAGAGAGAGCUGGAGCGCAUCCGGGCCGCCGCCGCCGCCCAGACCACCGCCGCGCCUCGCUCGCCCGCCUCCGUCCCCGCCACCUCCAGCCCGGCGACCAGCCCCGCGGAGAGCGCCGCCCCGUCGGCGGGCUCGGACGACCUGAGCACCACCGAAGAAGAGGAGGACGUGUACCUGUCGCCCGAGCCGUCCUCCUACUACCCGGGCUCGGACGCGGAGACCACCACGGAGGACGACGCCUCCGCCACCACGACGGAGGCCACCCCGGAGCCCAGCACGGCCCCGCCCGCCGCCGCCACCACCACCGCCUCGCCGCCCACGACCGUCAGGACCAGGUUCCCCUUCAGACCCCGCGUUCCCAUGACGACCACCACUCGGGCAGCGCCGACAGAGCGGACGACCCGCCCGCCGACGCCUCCAGCCACGCAGGAGAAUAACAACGAGGUGGGCGCCGCGGGGCCCAGCGGGGACUUCGAGAUCCGCGACGACCGGCGCAACGGCCUGGGCCGGGGCGUCAUGCCGGUGGACCCCGACCUGAUCGGAAACUCGGUGGACGGGGGGAGCUCGGCGGCCCAGCUGCCACAGAAGAACAUCUUGGAGAGGAAAGAGGUCUUGAUAGCCGUGAUUGUGGGCGGCGUGGUCGGCGCCCUGUUCGCCGCCUUCCUGGUGAUGCUGCUGGUGUACCGGAUGAAGAAGAAGGACGAGGGCAGCUACACGCUGGAGGAGCCCAAACAGGCCACGGUCACCUACCAGAAACCAGACAAGCAGGAGGAGUUCUACGCAUAACCCUCGUUCGCCAGAGAGACACUCUGCACGCCAAGGGAGAGAGGAAGAGCAAGCGAGAGAAGAGAGAAAGAUACUCUGAAAACGCCCCCCCUCCCCACCUCCUCCUCCUCUUCUUCGUCGGCCCCCCCCGCCCCCCUCAUCUGCUCGUCUCUCGUCAUUCCUCUCUCCUCUCGUCUCCAAAACACUUGAGAGCGCCUUUCUCUCAGCGGACUUGGGACUUUCUUUUCAAUGAAAAUGAAAGAAAAAAAGAGGACAAAAAAAAAAAGAAUAAAAAAACCUAAAUAUAUUCUAAAAAAUAACACAUACACACAAGAUGUUUUUAAAGUAAAUGUUGUUAUUAAUAUUCUACAGAUUCUCUUGUUCUGUAUGUAAUGAUAUGAUUAUUUUGUAAAAAAAAAAAGGAAACAAAACACAAGCUUUUACCCUGUGUUUUUCAGCACACAAAAAAAAGUUUCUCUUCUGUUUUUACAGAGCGAAUGAAAAGGCUUAAAAGUGAGAGGAGAGGAGAGGGGUGAGCUGGGGGACACACACGGGGAUAAGAGGGCGGCAGAGAGCUCCGCUCUGCCUCUCGCAGGUUCUGCUCUCGCAAAGCAGAACCGACACACUCGUCUGGUUGGCCGCACAGAGCCCAGGGUCAAAGGUGAGAGGAAAGGUCUCUUUUGUGCCUUCCAUCCCUCCGGUGCUUAAAGACAUGCAGACGACUCACACACGCAGACAUUUCCCGCACGCUAACAGACACACACACACACACACACUCACACACACGAUAAUCGAAGAUGGCUCUGACCUCUCUCUCUGUGCUCGGCCAACCAGAAAACGGUGCCGGACCCUCGUCGUGUUCCACGGUGACAAGGAGCCGCCGUGGAAUCGCGAGCCGGUCGCACCCAGGUUUGCACCGAGCAGGCGGCCCCUCUGCUCCUCUAUGCUGUACAAAGACUAGUUAUGGAUAGUAAUAAUAAUC